AUGGCAUCAGUGGCGACCUCUUCCACCGUCGUCUCGGCCACAGACCCUUCCAUUGUACUGACGGGAGCCGAAGCGCAAGCCAUGUCUCGUCGACGAAACAUCGGGAUCGCAGCGCACAUCGAUAGCGGCAAGACGACAGUGACGGAGCGAGUGCUCUUCUACACUGGACGCAUCAAUGCCAUUCACGAGGUCAGGGGCAGGGACAAUGUAGGGGCAAAGAUGGAUCACAUGGAACUCGAGAGGGAAAAGGGCAUCACCAUUCAGAGCGCUGCUACGUAUUGCAAGUGGAUGGCCACUCCACCCACCCAAACAGAUGCGGUGUCGGGCGAUGUGGGUAGCGGAGAGACUUCUGGAAAGGAAGAAUUCCACUUUAACAUCAUCGACACGCCAGGUCACGUGGAUUUCACCAUCGAGGUGGAGAGAGCUCUGCGAGUGCUCGAUGGCGCAGUGCUGGUGCUAUGCGCUACUUCUGGCGUGCAAAGCCAGACCAUCACAGUGGACAGGCAGAUGAAGCGUUACAAUGUUCCCCGCAUUAGCUUCAUCAACAAGAUGGAUAGGCAAGGGGCAAAUCCAUGGAGAGUCAUCGAUCAGAUCAGGUCCAAAUUGAAAUACCCCUGUGCCGCUGUCCAGCUGCCUAUUGGUAGCGACGACAACUUUGAGGGCCUCGUCGACCUUAUCCGAUGGAAGACUGUGCACAACGACGGAGAAAAGGGGUGAGUGAGGAUCCAGUGGACAGGUCAAGCUUGCUCCCAGACGCUGACCAUCCACGCUCCGGGGGGCUGUGCUUGUCUCAAGCAUCACUAUACGCGAGGUCGACGGCGUACCUGAUAACUUGAAGCAGCUUGCAGAGGAAAAGAGGCGGGAGCUGAUAGAGCAGCUGGCAGAUGUGGACGACGGCAUGGCAGAAAUCUUCUUGGAAGAACGCGAACCUAGCAUCGAUGAAUUGGCCACUGCCAUUCGUCGUUCCACAUUAGCCUGCAAGUUUUCACCAGUCUUUAUGGGCACUGCUAUGAAGAACAAGGGAGUGCAAGCCAUGCUCGACGGCGUUUGCGCGUACUUGCCCAAUCCUGCAGAGGUGCCCGCUACCGCGAUGGACACGAGCAGCACAGCCGCCAAGGCGGCCCAAGAGGAAGCGGUCCAGCAAGCUUUAAAGGAUGGUGCAGAUGACGAGCAGCAACAAGUGGCGCGCAAGUCGGCCUCGUUGCCCGUCGUUGGCUUGGCACCAAAGUCGGAUGCACCUCUGGUUGGCCUGGCUUUCAAGCUGGAGGAAGGUCGUUUUGGGCAGCUGACAUAUCUGCGAGUGUAUCAAGGUACGCUCAAGCGCGGUAACCAGAUCUACAACGCUAGAACCGGCAAGCGAGUCAAAGUGCCUCGAUUGGUGAGAAUGCACAGCAACGACAUGGAGGAUGUGGACAGCAUUGGUGCUGGAGAAAUUUGCGCCAUGUUUGGAGUGGACUGCAGUUCUGGUGACACCUUUACUGAUGGGACGACGCAGCUCAGUAUGACGAGUAUGUACGUGCCGGAGCCCGUCAUUAGCCUUUCCAUCAUUCCAGAAGGCAAAGACGCGAGCGCCGCCAAUUUCAGCAGAGCGCUCAAUAGGUUCCAAAAAGAAGACCCGACGUUCAGAGUACACAUUGAUAAUGAGAGCGGUGAGACCAUCAUUAGCGGAAUGGGGGAAUUGCACCUGGAGAUCUACGUCGAGAGAAUGAGGAGAGAAUACAAUGUACCUUGCAAGACGGGCAAACCUCGAGUCGCGUUCAGAGAGACGAUUGCUCAGAGAGCUGCUUUCGCGUACACGCACAAGAAACAGACGGGUGGAGCUGGUCAAUUUGCUCGUGUGGCUGGGUGAGUGCAUUGCGCGCCUGCGUAGCGUGAAGCACUUGCACUGACGCGCGCGCCUCUCCUGCUUACAGCUUCAUCGAGCCCAUGACUCUCGACGAGGAAACGGGCAAGGACGUCGCCUUCGAGAACCGCAUCGUCGGCAACGCCAUUCCAAACGGCUACUUCCCUGCUUGCGAAAAGGUGUGUGGAGGCCGUCUGGAGCGUGCGACGUCUCUACCACCCAACGCAAGAGCUGACGUCACACGCUUCUUGCUCUGCAGGGCUUCUACGAAGCGUUGGAAAAGGGCUCGCUAUCAGGGCACUCCGUCACUGGUGUUCGAUACGUGAUGGAAGACGGAUUGGCGCACUCUGUCGAUUCCUCUGAACUGGCCUUCCGCCUCGCCACCAUUGGCGCCUUUCGAUCCGCUUUCCACAACGCCAUGCCUACGAUCUUGGAGCCAAAGAUGACGGUGGAGAUCACUGCUCCUACGGAGUUCCAAGGGGCUGUCAUUGGUGCCCUCAAUCAGAGGAGGGGCGUGGUGGAAGAUAGCGAGGUCAGAGAGGAUGAGUUCUCCAUCACGGCUGAAGUCAGCUUGAACGACAUGUUUGGCUAUUCCAGCCAGCUUCGAGGCUUGACGCAAGGCAAAGGAGAGGUGAGUAUAGGUCAUGUGAUUUCUCACAGCGCUAACUAGGGACUCUGUGCAUCGCCUAGCUCACGCUGACGCGCCCCUUGUUCCCUUUCUCAAAGUUCUCGAUGGAGCUCAAAAACUACCAGCCGGUCUUGCCUAAUGUCCAAAGAGACAUGGAAGCAGAGUACAAAAAGCAGCUGGCUGCUGGCAGCGGUAAAAAGUGA